AUGAAAGACAAGGGAGCUACACCUCAAAACACCAUGAAAGACAAGGAAGCUACACCUCAAAAUACCAUGAAAGACAAGGAAGCUACACCUCAAAAUGCCAUGAAAGACAAGGGAGCUACACCUCAAAACGCCAUGAAAGACAAGGGAGCUACACCUCAAAACACCAUGAAAGACAAGGAAGCUACACCUCAAAAUGCCAUGAAAGACAAGGGAGCUACACCUCAAAACACCAGCCGCCAGACCACACAAACUCAGAUGCUGUACAGAGCAUCGCCAUACCCUCCAAAUAUUCCAGUGGCUCUGGGAAUAAAAAUCGAACCUCACCACAUUUUCGGUUUGUGCCGGGAAGCAAGAAACAACUUGCAUUUUUUGGAUGAGGAAACCAUUGUUUUCCCUAGUGGAAACAACUGCGUGCUCUAUAAUGUCCAUCAGCAACAGACCAAUUUUAUUCCAGGAGCAAUGCCAUACCAAAUGGAAAAACAGGCCAUAAAGGCUCUUGCUAUUAGCUCCGACCGUUGCUUCCUGGCUGUUUCAGAGCGUGGAGUGCAGAGCACAGUCUCUGUCUAUGACAUAAAAAGUGACCAGUGCUACAAGAUGCAGGUACUGAGAGGAGGCGACUUCAACGUCAAGGAGUUCGUUUGUAUGGCUUUUUCUGCCGACUCCAAGUACCUGCUGUGCCAGGGUGGAGGACCGGAUUGGAUCCUCUUCUAUUGGGACUGGGAGACAGAUGAAGUCAUUGCCACUGUGGACACCACAAGGCUUGGUUUUGUCAGUCAGGUCAGCUUUAAUCCAGUGGACAACACACAGAUUUGUGUGAGCGGAAAAUACGUAUUCACGAUUUAUCAGCUGGAGAAGGACCGCCUGAAAAAGAUCAGCACAUUUAAGAUGGACCGUGAAAACAACAAGUCCCAUGCGUGGCUGUCUGAGGAUAGCAUAGUCUUUGGGACGGAAACGGGAAAGCUGAAGCUGUUGAAGGAUGGAGAGUUUUCGAAGAACGACCCUUCAUCUACAGCUGUAUUGCCGUGUAUUUCUGCUGUUAUGGCAUACUCUAAAGGCUUUGCCUAUGCAAGCCGCCUGGGGGAAGUCUGCCUUUAUGAAAAGAUUGAGUAUGGUUACAUGAAGGUCGCAGAAAUAAGAAUUCCUCAGGACCCGUGCAGCAAUGAGCCGAGUCUGUCGGCACAGCAGGAGAUCAAAUCAAUGUGUCUGAGCCCCUCAGAGGAGACGCUGGCCAUAAGCACACAGCAUGGCCAGAUCUACCACGUCAACCUCGCCUCUGUUGAGAUUAGCCAGAAUAAGCAGGCCAACUUCGAGUACCUGUUCCACUCACUUCACUCGGGGAGCAUCACCGGUCUGUCAGUCUCAUCCUCCAAACAUCUCUUCGCCACCUGCUCAAAGGAUAACUCUGUACGCAUCUGGAACUACAAGACCAAUUCUCUGGAGCUGCAUAAGGAGUUCCCCGAAGAGCCAAACUGCAUCUCACUGCACCCAAAUGGCCUCUCCAUCCUGGUAGGCUUCUCUGAUAAAGUCUGCCUUAUGAACCUGUUGGUUGACGAAUUCUGCACUGUUCAGGAGUUCGACAUACAGGACUGCAGUGAGUGUGUGUUCAACCAUGAUGGCACCAUGUUCGCCGCAGUCAGAGACAACCUGAUUAGUAUCAUCAGCAUCAGAACAGGAGACAAAGUGGACCUUAAUGGCCACGUUAACAUGGUGCAGUUUGUGAAGUGGAGUGAAGAUGACCGUCAUCUGGUGUCAUUUGGGACAGAUGGUGCAGUCUAUGAGUGGAGCGUUCUAGGCGGCGAGUGCACACUAAAUGAGUCUCGAGACGGAGAGAUCUUAAGAGACCUGGCCUCAUUUGACAAAGCCUACACAGCCAUCUCCAUGACUCAUUCAGUGCAGGCAGUCUUUGUUGGAACUGCUAUUGGUACUGUCAGAGUAAUGCAGUACCCCUUAGAGGAGAGCUGCUGGACAGAGUAUCCGGCGCAUUCUGGUCCCAUCACCAAAAUGAUUGUCACACCUGAUGAUCAGUAUCUGGUGACUGCCUCAGAGGAUGGCUCUCUCCUCAUCUGGACAAUCACUGACCUGGAGGGACAUCAGCUGAGCACGGUGAAAGAAACAUGCUGUACUGAGGAGGUCCUCUGUUCCAGGGCUUUUCUAGAGAAAAAGGACCAGACUAUACCUGAGGCUCAUGGCUUGAUAAAGUUGAAUAAGAAGCUGGAAUGCAAGCUUAAUCAGAGUCAAACUGACUAUGAGAAAAAGCAUGAAGAAAGCCAGAAGGAACUCCUCAAGAAUAUAGAGGGUCUGGAAUCCCAAAUUGAGAAGCUGAACAUUGAGAAGGAAGAACGGAAGAUUUCUCAGGAGAAGGCCCUGACUGAGAUGAGGGAGAAACAUGCUAAAGAGCUAGAAGAUAUGGAAAAUAAGCAUGCAGAGGAGACAUUUCAAGCCUUAAAGGUCCAGGAGGAUUUAAAACAGAAAUUAGACGAGCUGCACAAGGAUUAUGGGAAGAAUUUGCGUAAGGAAGAGGACAGUAGUUUCUGUAUCAUGGACAAGAAACAGAACAUGAUACAGAACGAGGUACCUCUGAUCACCAUCAACAACCGGCUGGAUGAACUGAUCGAAGACCGUAAUAGGCCGACUGGAGAAACGGCUGAAACCGAAAUCGAGCAACUGAAGAACAGGAUUAAAGAAAAAAACCUGUUCUUCAAACAGCUCAAGGCUGAGAUGGAGGAGAACAACAGCAGGAACAAGGAGGUCAUUCACCAACUGAAGGAGAAGCUGAAAGUGAAGGGAAAUGAGCUGUGUACAGAGAGGCAGAGGGUCAGAAACUUAAAGGUUCUGGUGGACAGGAUGAAGGCCGACAUCCAGACAUGCUCAGACUUCAUUCAACGGCCGAAGAUGCUGAAGGAGAACUUCAUUAAACUCUACAAACGCUACAUCAAGGGAGCAGUUCGAGGUCUUGUCGAGCAAAUACUGUGUUUGGUUAAUAGGAGAGCCGUGCCAACAAACGACCUCUACCAGGAGAUGAACAAGAUCUACCGAGACUGGACACAGUACAGCCGGACUGUGAAGACCGAUGCACAUGUCCGCAAUUCUAUCGCAAAUGGGAGAGUAGCAUUAAGGGAUCAGUUUGUUGAGGGUGUCCGUGAUCCAUCCCUCCGAAGGGAGCUUCGAAAGUUUGUGAGAGACCAUCCUAGGUGUACAAUGAUGGAUGUGAGAGAUGAAGCGCAGCUUUGGGCUGCAGAAGAGUCCUCAGCUAGUUCAAAGACUAGCAAGUCACGCUAUGGUAGUAAUAUGACACAGUGUUCAGCUCUCAGAGUCCAAGAAAAGAAACCUGUCACCUUGGAGGAUGUUCUUGAUGUGGUAGCCGAGCAGGGAAAGGCAAUUAGUGAACUGACUCAAGUUGUGAAGCGUCUGUCUGUCAGAAAUAGUGCAAGUUUGGAGGCCCCUAGGCCUAGGUCCCAACCAAAAUUCACUGAAGAUGGGCAACCAAUAUGUUUCAGAUGUCAAGUUGCUGGACAUGUGGCAAAGAAUUGUCCACAAAGACAGAGCUCUAGAGCAGUGAAGCCUGUAUCGUCUGACUCACAAGGAAACAAGAGUCCCCAGGUUGUUGGGAGUCGAGCGAUUCAGGGUGGGCGGACAGACUCGAAAGAUGCACUCCCAGCCUGUGACCAGUUGUUGCAACGUGCUGUUGGUACAUGUCCUGUGGUAGAGCUUUCAAUUGGUGGUAUCACCACUAAAGGCCUUUUAGACACAGGUAGUCAGAUGAUGACAUCCUCUCCACAGCUGGUUGGCUCAAACUCACAGCAGCCAACGGGCUUGACAUACCCUACCUGGGUUACUUAG